GUAUCCGCCCCCUGGCCUCUGCCCUGAGGACGCCAUGCAGCGGGAGACAGGAAGGCGGAACUGGGCUAAAUGAGCCGGAGCAGGGGAGACGCUGUAAUAGGACGGGGGUCGCCCCCCGCUUCCCCUGGAUGCCUCCCAGGGCUCUGCUCAAAUAUCUGGUUCUGGAGGUGCACUACAGGGAUUCUUGCUGUUGUUGUGAUUUUGAUCUUGUGUAUUCACCUUGCAGUAAAUAGCUCAUCAGGGAAAGGUUCUUCUGGCUCUCCUCCUCUGGAACCAUGCCCUGCCAACUGGCUGUACCACCAAAGGAAAUGUUACUACUUCUCUGAGAAAGAAAAGGACUGGGACUCCAGUCGGAGCUUUUGUUCCUCACACAACAGCUCCCUAACUGCAAUUGAAAACCAGCAGGAACUGAAAUUUAUAAUGAAAAUAACAAAGCAAGAUCCAUGGAUUGGACUUCACAAGACAGGAGAAAAAUUCCAUUGGGUAAACGGGACUCCACUAGAUACAAAUCUGUUGGCAGUAAAGGGUUCUGGAGAAUGUGCCUAUAUUGAAUCAGCUGGGGUCUGCAGUUCUGGAUGCUCAUUAGCGAGGGGUUGGGUCUGUAAGAAAACCUCUUAGCUCUGUGUACUCAGGCUUCACUCAGCCAAUUAAUGUAAGACCCCAGGUUCAAUUGUCACAGUUCAGGGCAACUGCACCUGUAUUUCCCCUCAGUGACCCAGCAAGGGCACCUAGUCUCAAGCUUGCUGCAUCUCUCUCCCUUCUGACUGGGGUAUUUCCAAGGCUGCACGGUUCCCUGCCUUUACUGUGUUGUUCCCAGCACAGACAGGUUGCCCAAGGACACCUGCUUGCUUUCUCCUCCGAGACAGUUAGCAGGUGUAAUUGCUACAGUUACAAGAUACCACACAGCACUUCCUAUGACAGCCCACUUUAUUCUUACGGUAAAAAUCA